AUGUCGAUUAUAUAUGAUCAACCGAGACAUCCACAUGUGACAUUUCAUCCUCACUACGAUUCGUCAGACAUGGGCGUUCCCACCUACGCAAAUAUCUUCUCGGAAACGGCGGACAUCGCUAUGCAAGAACCAGAGCAGCCCAGCACCAUUGACCGGGCACAGCUUACGCUAGACUUCCAAGCGCCAGAGAGAUCCACUUUUGGAGCACCGACUGUCUACGAGCAAACGCCGUUGACCGGAAACUUCAUGUGGGAUUCACCGAUUAUCGAGCACGAUAUUGACGGUAUCACGCUACCUGAUUGGUCCCAACUCCUCAUGAAGCGCCGAUUCGAUGAAACCUCGGACGCAGAUGCGCAAUCGGAAAGCACGGACAGCAGGCCGAUUCUAACAGCAAAACGCUCAAGGAAGCGCAACUUUGCUAUGGACGGCACGGAAAAUAUGGAGAGCGAGUUGGAGAGUAGCAAACCU